GCCAACUAUAGCACCCACUCUGCCACCAACAACAACCUCAACCACCACGCCAGCAGUGACCACCGUCAGUCCUGUGAAGACAGGAUGAAAGGAUGAGCCCAAUGUGAAAUGAAUGAAUGCAGGCCCCUGUAUCAUUUGACUACCUUCUGGAGACGAUGUACAAAGUCAUAAUAUUCUCUAUACAUCUGAGACUGUAUAAGUCAGCCGUGUUCCUCAUGGUUCAAUGUGCCACUCUUUCCAUUGUUCGACCAACAAUGCCGUCUGAGCUAACAACUAGCAUGUAAUGCCGAGAUAGCCUUAAUGCUGCCAUGUCGAUUACCAGAGUCACCGGAGUCUCAAUGCAGGAGCCGCAUUUUGGACCUGGUAUUCAUCAUCGACAGCUCACGUAGCAUUCGCCCCAGUGAUUUUGAGAAGGUCAAGACCUUCCUGGGACUCAUGGUCGACACGUUGGCUGUUGGUCCAGAUGCCACCAGAGUGGCCGUGGUCAACUAUGCCAGCACGGUCAAGAUAGAGUUCCUGCUCAAAGACCACUUCAACAAGCCAGACAUGAAGAAGGCCAUCUCCCGCAUCGAGCCCCUGGCCGCCGGCACCAUGACUGGCCUGGCCAUCAAGACGGCGGUGAAUGAAGCCUUCACUGAGCAGUCUGGAGCCCGGCCUCCCUCCAGCAACAUUGCCAAAGUGGCCAUCAUCGUGACGGACGGGAGGCCUCAGGACCACGUGGGGGACAUCUCCGCCGCUGCCCGGGCCGAAGGCAUUGAGAUCUACGCUAUUGGAGUGGACCGCGCGGACAUGGCUUCUCUGAAGCAGAUGGCGAGCUUGCCUCUGGAGGACCACGUCUUCUACGUGGAGACCUACGGUGUUAUUGAGAAGCUCACCUCCACGUUUCAGGAGACCCUGUGCGGUCUGGAUCCCUGUUCCACUGGAAAUGACUGCGAGCACACUUGUGUCAACAGCAAUGCCUCAUUUUACUGCAAGUGCAGCUCUGGUUAUAUCUUGAAUGCGGACCAGAAAACAUGUUCGCUGAAACAGGUGAAGGUAGAGAUGGUGGUGGAUCCUUGCAAGUGUGAAGCCAGACGGGCUUUCCAGAAGCAGGCGCAGGCCGCCAUGCAGCAGCUGACUGCUGAAUUCGCUGACGUAGCAGGGAGAAUCGAACGCCUGGAGGAGGCGCUGGGUCGUGUGUGACGCUUGACAAAGGGGCUGCCAGUGGGUGUCGGAGACAUGGACUGCUGCAACGUGUAUAUGUGCUGCUGGAUGGAUGUCAAGCAUGCAAUUGUGUGAAGAUCACAUCUGCAGUGAUGUCUGCUCUCUUUAACGACUAUGUCCUACACACAUCUUUAAAACACCACAGAAAUUUCAGAUCUGCAAUACAUUUUGUGACCUCAACUGCACGCGUGUGUAUUGUGUACAUAUUAGGUUUUUUUUUCUAUUUUGGUAAAAUAUAAAAAUACAAUACAUUGUGUUCAAUAAUUUGCAUUUAAACUGUAUUACUUUUUAUGCUAAAAGUAUUAUAUUUUUUAGUUAUAUAUUGAAGAUGAUCCAUUUAUAUUAUGAGUUGAUAUAUAUACUGUA